UGGAUUCGCUGCUGCAGGGAAGAAGAGGAUGGAGCCGAGCAGUUUUCCUGGUCAUGCGGAAUUACGCGCGGGUUUCCACGCUUUUCCUCACUGCGCAAAAUGAUGAUCUCGGCGCACAGAAACUUUUGUUGAUCCUCCUCAUCAUCGCCUGAAUUUCCGCUAUGGCAUGACACUGAUGCACAUCUCUGAGUCGGAUGAUUAGUUGAGCACCAGUUCGGGCCUCAUUAUGAUUGCUACUGGAGGCCUCCUGCGAAUCUCAGCAAGACGCCAAGAUUCCCUCCGUGCCAAAAAUCGGGCAGAGAACAAGCGCAAGAGAAAAGCCAAAAAGAAGAGAAAGAAUGAGGUGGUGGUGGUGAAGGGCAAAUUGAAGCUCUGUUCAGUCUCUGGGCUGAUUGCUGCACUGGGCAUUAUUGUGCUGCUUGUUGGGAUUGCAUUGGCUGUACUAGGCUACUGGCCUAAAGGAAGUCCGCUUUACCCAGGACUGCUCACAGUUAAGGGCUUACAGAAACCAGCCUGGGUCAAUGACAGAGAAGGACCCAAAGCAGUGAACUGGACCAACAGUGAUAAGAUUAUUCAUCAGCUGGAAAAAAAUGUUACAAGCUUGAAUUAUGCUAAUGGCACAACUGAGGAAUUGCCAAAGUUGGGCGUCUUUGCUGAGUUUUUAAACAGACACUUACAUUCAGACAAACUAAAAGUGUUUGGACCAUUGAUUAUGGGCAUUGGUAUAUUUCUGUUUAUUUGUGCAAAUGCAGUCCUGCACGAAAACAGGGACAAAAAGACAAAAAUCAUUAACCUUAGGGACAUUUAUUCAACUGUUAUUGACAUUCACAGUUUGCGAUCCAAGGACAAUGCUUCACUCAAUGGAUUUGUGAACUAUAUGCAAUCAAAGGGGGUAGAAGGCAAUCCAAGUUCUGUAUACAAUGCUGCUGUGCUAGCAAAGGGCUCAUGGCCAUCUUCAGACUCUUUCAAACAGGACCAGGACAGCCUACCCUCAUCCAGAAAGUCAUCUACUGGCAAACUGGAAGACUUACCUUUGGAUAGUCUUGCCAUCACAGACACAGUGUAUAGCAUUUGCAGGGAUCAGUCACCAGAAGCCAAGCAAUGGGAGACCAAAACUAUUGUGACCUCCUCAGUCAAUGCUUUCACACUACCAUUGAUUAGGCUCAACCGCAGGGCAGCAGAAAACAGAAGGGGUUCAGAUAAAACCGGGGAGAUCAGAAGUGAAUGUCUGGACUCGGAUGCUAUUCAUCAAUGCUUGGAGUCUCUAGUGGCAUCAGGGAGCAUCACCAAAGCCAAAGUGAAGACUCCUCAAACUCUAACCAUUCUUUCCCAAGACUCAGUGGAAGUUUAUAAGGGUAGCGACAGUCUGCAUGAGAUGCCACACCUCUCCCUUCAAGGCUCUCGGGUGCAACUCCUUCCUGCAUCCCCUAGCCCUAAAGUGACAGGCUCUCAUCUGUCCUUAAGUGCCCUAUCAGACUACUCCAGGUCCAUUGACUUGGGAAUCUGCCCAUCCACCCCUGUGGACCGGCAUAUGGAGCGAACCAGGCGACGUAGCUGUCCUCGACUAGAGGGCCCAAACAGUGGGGGUUAUAUCAAACUUGAGGGUCUUGGAGGGGAAUCUUUUGAGUCCACUGAUAUGACAAGUUUUAGUCCUGGAAGUUCUUCUGAACUUUUAUCUAAAGGGCAAGAUUUAAAAAGUCCCCUUGUCCAAGAGGAAGGUGCCUCCAAUGAACCUGCCCAUAACAUGAUCAGACGUUACUCAAACAAAGAAAAACUGGUGAUGAUUUCCCAAUCAGACACUACUUUAGAGGACCUGGAAAUAGAGAGUGUAGAACUCUAAGUGAACCACCAGAUUGGAUCAGUAAACUUGCAAGCUGAGGUUUAACAGAGACAUUACAUACUAAAGUCAUUACAACAAUGGAUAUUUUCCCUUUUGCUCUUAUGGUGAAAAUGGAUACAUUAACUUGUUGUACUGCCUUGG